GUCACUUGCCAGAAGUCGGGCGGCCAUCGAUCCCACUCCCACCGCUUACAGCCGGCCCAGUCCUCGUCGGCGCCGGACGGGGCGAAGGCGAUUGGAGUUAAAACAGGCCGAGUGGGAGAAUUUCCUGGAUCUUAUCUGUUCUCCAUCAUGGAACAUGACGGCACGAACCUGGCUGUCGCUGAGGCUGUGCGCUCGGUGCAGCUGCUCAAGAUUGACGGCUACAGCGCCACCAAAGCCAUGGGGCCAUCGGAGUUCAUCAAAUCCAGAUGGAACAUCGAUGGCCACGAGUGGGAGGUCCAUUUCUAUCCUGAUUACUUGUACUACUUCGAGGAAGAGGGCCCCUACUUCCUCGAGUUAACCUCCGAGUGGGUAGCUCUGAAGCUCAUCCUUGUCAGCGAACCCCUGAAGGACAAGCUGAGGGUGAACCUGAGCUGCCGGCCUGUAUGCCAAUUUGUCAUUGAAGAGAAGAGUGUGUCCCAUGUAUUUGCCAGUGGUUCCAGAUGCUCGCCCGAACUUCUCCUUAUCCUAAAACAUAAGCUGCCGUCAUCAGGUUAUCUCGUGAACGAUUCACUGACCGUGGAGUGCACGGUCACCGUGCUACGCAACUUGGGCGCCGCAGAAACGACUAAGGGGCAGCACCUGCCAGUGCCACCACCCUCGGACCUGCACCAGCACUUCGGCGAGCUCCUGGAGAGCAAGGAUGGAGCGGACGUCACGUUUCGUGUCUCCGCCUCCGGAGAGUCCUUCGCCGCCCACAAGGUCAUACUCGCCGCAAGGUCCUCGGUUUUCAAGGCCGAGUUCUUCGGAGGCGUGCAGGAACAGGAAAGAAGCUCCGCUUAUGUGAUCAGAGACAUGGAGGCUGCUGUGUUCAGGUCCAUGCUUCGCUUCAUCUAUACUGACAUGGCGCCAGAGCUCGACGGUGCCCAGGAGCCUGACGCGGCGGCGGCCAUGGCUAAGCACCUACUGGUAGCUGCUGACAGGUAUGGGCUGAACCGGCUGAAGCUGAUGUGUGAAUGCAAGCUCUCUGGUGGCAUCGACAUAGGCACAGCGGCUGCGACGUUGGCUCUCGCCGAGCAGCACAACUGCUCACUACUCAAAGCCAAGUGUCUUGAGUUCGUCACUAAGUCGCCUGAGACUCUUGAUGCUGUCUUGGCAACUGAUGGCUACGCGCAUCUGGUGGCAAGGUGCCCCUUGGUGCUGACUGAACUAGUGAGGGCUGCGUGUGGAAGGAAGAUCUGAGCUCGCGAUGAUGGUUUUCGUUGACAGUCUUAGUAUUACUACUAUCUUCCUCAUGCAUGUAACGAGUUGCUUCGUUUCUCGUAUUAUGGUUAUGGUUUCCCUUGGAUGC